AAGAGUUACUGCAGGGAACUCCAGAGAGCGGAGGGAAGACCGGGGGGGAAGAAGGGAGGGUAACGGAAGUGGGUGGGCCUGGGAGGAGUUGGGGAGGAAGAGACCAUUGCGCCGGAGCCGCAGCCUGCAGUCCUGACCCUACAGGGGUGCGGAGAAGAAGGUUCCACCCUCUUGGGCGAUGGACAGGAGGACCAGGAGAGUGGUUUGGGGGAAGCCGGAAGUCUCGGACCCGCUGUCUCGCUGCCUGCCCCUUGGUCGUCCUCCCUUCCCGGGACCCCCGAUCGCUUUGUCUUCUGGAAGCCAGAACCGUGCUUGCAGCUCGCAGAGGGAGCCUGGAGCCAGAGGGAAUGGGCCCUAGGAGCCUCAGACCUCCUCAGGAGUGGGUGACAUUCAGGGAUGUGGCUGUGGACUUUACCCAGGAGGAAUGGGGCCUCUUGGACCCUCCUCAGAAGGAGCUGUACAAGGAAGUCAUGGUUGAGAAUGCCUGGAACUUGCUGUCCCUGGGGCUUCCAGUUCCCAGAGAAGAUGUGAUCUGUUAUUUUGAGCAAAGGGAAGUACCCUGGAUGCUGCACCCAGAAGGCCUGAGGAGCUGCCCUCCAGAAAAAGAGAUCAGACUUGAAAUGAAGAAACAUACGACAGAGCAAAGCCUUUCAGUGGUAGAUUCUCUCAAGCCAAGAUUCAUCACUGACAGUCCUAUUAACUUCACGUGGAAAGAUAUCUGUGAUACACUUAAGAAAAUCCACAUUGGAGAGAAAUCUUACAAAUAUAAUGGAAGUGGAAAGGCUUUCAUAGAAAGUGAAUCUCUUACUAGAUAUUUACAGAGAAUUUAUACUGGAGAGAAACCUUAUGAAUGUAACCAGUGUGAAAAGGCUUUUAAAAAUCAGAGAGCUCUUACUGUACAUCAGAGGAUCCACACUGGGGAGAAACCUUAUGAAUGUAACCAGUGUGGAAAGCCUUUUAGAAAAGAGGGAGCUCUUACUGUACAUCAAAGGAUCCACACUGGGGAGAAACCUUAUAUAUGCAACCAGUGUGGAAAGACUUUUAGACAAAAGGGAGCUCUCACUGUACAUCAGAGGAUCCACACUGGAGAGAAACCUUAUAAAUGUAACCAAUGUGGAGAGGCUUUUAGAAAAAGGGAAUCUCUUACUGUACAUCAGAGGAUCCACACUGGAGAGAAACCUUAUGAAUGUAUCCAUUGUGGAAAGACUUUCAGCUAUAAGAGAGUUCUUACUGCACAUCAAAGAAUCCACACUGGAGAGAAACCUUAUGAAUGUAAUCAGUGUGAAAAAACUUUUAUUUAUAAGUUUAAUCUUUCUUUGCAUCAGAGAAUCCACACUGGAGAGAAUCCUUACGAAUGUAAGCAAUGUGGAAAGGCUUUUAGAAAACAGGGAGAUCUUACUGUACAUCAAAGAAUCCACACUGGAGAGAAACCUUAUAAAUGUAACCAGUGUGGAAAAAGCUUUAGACAAAAGGGAGCUCUCACUGUUCAUCAGAGGAUCCACACUGGAGAGAAACCUUAUAAAUGUAACCAAUGUGGAAAGGCUUUUAGAAAAAGGGAAUCUCUUACUGUACAUCAGAGAAUCCAUACUGGAGAGAAACCUUAUGAAUGCAUCCAGUGUGGAAAGACUUUCAGCUGCAAGAGAGUUCUUACUGCACAUCAAAGAAUCCACACUGGAGAGAAACUUUAUGAAUGUAACCAGUGUGAAAAAACAUUUAUUUAUAAGUUUAAUCUUUCUUUGCAUCAGCGAAUCCACACUGGAGACAAUCCUUAUGAAUGUAAGCAAUGUGGAAAGGCUUUUAUGCAAAGGGGAUCUCUUAUUGCACAUCAAAGAAUCCACACUGGAGAGAAUCCUUACAACUGUAAUCAGUGUGGAAAGGCUUUUACAAAUCAGGGAGCUCUUACUGUACAUCAGAGAAUCCACACUGGGGAGAGACCUUAUAAAUGUAACCAGUGUGGAAAGACUUUUAGGAAAAAGGAAACUCUUAUUGUACAUCAGAGAAUCCACACUGAAGAAAAACCUUAUGAAUGUAAUCAGUGUGGAAAGGCUUUUACAAAUCAGGGAGCUCUUACUGUACAUCAGAGGAUCCACACUGGGGAGAGACCUUAUAAAUGUAACCAGUGUGGAAAGGCUUUUACACAAAGGGGUGCUCUUAAUGGACAUCAGAGAAUUCACACUGGAGAGAACCCUUAUGAAUGUAACCAGUGUGGAAAGGCUUUCAAAUACAAGCAUAGUCUUCCUGUACAUCAGAGAAUCCACACUGGGGAGAAACCUUAUAAAUGUAACCAGUGUGUAAAGACUUUUAGGAAAAAGGAAACUCUUAUUGUACAUCAGAGAAUCCACACUGAAGAGAAACCUUAUGAAUGUAACCAGUGUGGAAAGGCUUUUAGACAAAAGUUAUAUCUUACUGUACAUCAGAGAAUCCACACUGGGGAGAAACCUUAUAAAUGUAACCAAUGCGGAAAGGCUUUUACACAAAGGGGAGCUCUUACUGGACAUCAGAGAAUCCACACUGGAGAAAACCCUUAUGAAUGUAAUCAAUGUGGAAAGACUUUCAAAUGUAAGAGUAGUCUUCCUGUACAUCAGAGAAUCCACACUGGAGAGAAACCUUAUAAAUGUAACCAGUGUGAAAAGUCUUUUAGGAAAAAGGAAACUCUUAUUGUACAUCAGAGAAUCCACACUGAAGAGAAACCUUAUGAAUGUAAUCAGUGUGGAAAGACCUUUACGCAAAAGGUAACUCUUACUGCACAUCAAAGAAUCCACACUGGAGAGAAACCUUAUAAAUGUAAUAAGUGUGAAAAGGCUUUUAGAAAACGGGGAGCUCUUACUGUACAUCAGAGGAUCCACACUGGAGAGAAACCUUAUAAAUGUAACCAGUGUGGACAGGCUUUUAUAAGAAGGGAAUCUCUUACUGGACAUCAGAGAAUCCACAUUGAGGAGAAAUCUUUUGAAUGUAACCAAUAUAGAAAGGGUUUUAUAUGAAAAUCUGAUUGUUACUGCCAGAUCUUUGAUGAAAUGGAAUGGCAUUAAAAUGAGGAAUAUGUAUUAGGAUGAGAACAUUGGGAGAAGGCUACUGAUGCCUUCCAUACUUAGCCUUCUGUUACUGUAACCCUGUAGGAAAGGUGAGAAAAGGAAAAUAAAAGUUGCCUUGGAAUAGCAGACAGCUUCUUGGGCGUAUUGGAACCUUCCUUUUCAUCUGAUCACCUACUUGAAAGGCAUCCUGAUGGAAUGAGAAGCUCUGUACUUUGGGAGUUAGAGGACAUGGGUUGAAUUUCUGGUUCUGUACCUCUGUGGCCUUGGGAAAGUAAUUUAACUUUAACAGCGCAUUCAGAUUAGGGCUGGGUUUCUUCUAGCUCUAAAUCCUUUGAGAAGCUCAAGAGGUGCUUGAAGAUGAACUCUACUCUUCAACAUUCUUGGGUCUUCAGGUUCAGAUUACGGUUAAUAAUUCAGAUGACAUCACUAAGCUUUCUGGGUAUGAUUGGCAAUUUGGAGACUCAGCAAGAUAUGGGAAAUUCUCAAGCUAGAGCUUUGUUGAAUGAGGAAACUUGCACACCAUUCCUAAAUAAAUAAUUUUAUGCAGUUCAUGAAACCUUUCUUGCCAUAUUCAGGCAAAAAAAAAAAAAGUUUUGUUAAGAUGCUUUAAGAAUGUAAGGUUUCUACUCUGAUGUUUCAGCUUACAUCCAUCAAAUUGAUAGAAAUGACCCCAAAAGCUGAAAAUAGUGUGUGGAAAGGGUGCUAUAGAAUUAGAGGCACAGUCAUAUAAUGAAUGUAGCUAUGAAUUGGUCCAACUGUUCUGAAAAGCCGUUUGGUAUUAGAAUUUAUUGAAAGUUGAUCAAAUGUUCAGAUUUUGUGACACAGAGACUCGGCUGCAAGGCUUGAACGCUAAAGAAUGAGGGAAGCAAAGGUUCUAGCUAUACUAAAGUAAUCCUUGCAGUGGCUUUUUUUGAUAGCAAAAUAAAAUGUAGGUGCAAAAAAGAAACAAAAUACAUGUCAUUUAGUUGGAGAAUGUCUAAACAAAUUGUGGUGAUGAACAUAUUUGAAUGAUUUGACAUGGAAAAACCAUAUAGGAAGAGAAUUCAGAGAAGCAUGGGGAUAUGGAAAUGAAGAGAGAUGGAUUGAAAUGAGUAAAACCCAACAUCAGUGACUCCCUCAAAUACCAAUGAUCUCUUCAAUUUGAACUCCCUUGCAACCAUGGAGAUGAAUGUCUGUGUCCAUCCUGUGUGUUUCUUGCCUAUUAGUUUUCACAUAAAUUAGGAAAAUUUGUAAUUUUCUUUCUCUGUUUUGGCCCUUCUUGAUUUAGCUAACAGUAUUAUAACUGUUAUAGAAUGACUUUGGUAAGACUCUUUUUUUCUAAAUACUUUAUAUAGUAUUGGAAUUAAUUGUUCUUUAAAUGUCUGGUAGAAUUCACUUAUAAACCCAUCUGGCCUUGCAGAUUUUUUUCUUAGAGAAUUUAUUAAUGGCCUGUUCAAUUUCUUCUAAAAUGGGACUCUGGGGAGGAUUCUGGGAAGAUAGAGUAUAGGAUGAUAAAUUUCAAACUCUCCAGGUUUCCACCACAAAAAGAACAAAUUUAUUCCUCAGCAGGAACAUAGACUGGAAAAAAAUCAAGAAGACUUGGGGAAGAAUAAGGGUCCUCCAGAUACAACCUAAGAAGAUGUGUAGGAAGUGUUCAUCCUGGGGAUUAACCCAUGUGAGGUGUAAACACCUUCAGACUAGCUCUGCACAAACAUCAGGUGGGGAGCUCUGGGGCUAGUGGGGUUUGACUGGAGCUAAAGCAGGAACCAUAGAAACUUUCAUCUCUGGAGUAGGAGUCUAGGAAGACUGAGUGAAUCUGUACUGAUUAGGAAUUCCAGGACCAGUUGUAUUGCAGAAACUCUGUCUUGGUUGAGAAGGAGCCAGCACACCCGAUGAGUGCAGAGAGGGUAGUGGAAGUGUAGUGAUACUGGCUAUGGACAUUUGCAGAAGGGUGACGUUUUGGUAAACUUUUAAAAAAUUUUAUCUACCCCUAAGCUGUGAUUAGUAGAAUUUGCUAUUAGAAAUAAAAUCUCUUGGAAAUAUAACUGAUAUUCUUUUGAGUUUUGAAUUUGAUUACUUGAUCAUUAAGUCAAUAACCCAUUACUUGAGAGAAUUUUUAUAAGCUACUCAGAGAAAUGUGACCCUGAACAGGUAGAGGUCUCUAUCUGGACAAGUGUUGGGAGCCUUUGCUCAAGGUGAGAUUCUUUUGACUCAGUUUCCCAGUUCUCUUUCUUUGUUUCCCACCUGAUCAUUCCUAAGUCUGAUAAGGUAGAACUAUUAUAACUGGAUAUCAAACUAAACUAAGAAAGCUUUAUUUUGUCAUGUGUAUGCUCCCAGGCGGAGGCCUGAAGAACUAGUUCUGAUGGUAUUAUUAUACGCUGGUAUUUUCCUCCUAUAACAAAUUUCUAUGAUAAAAACAAGAUAUUAUAUAAUUGAAUUUGUGUAUGGUCAACACAAAUUCAAUUAUACAAUAUCUUGUUUUCAAUAUGAAAAUAUGUAGUUAUUGUAUCCUAAAUAAUUUGGUGAAUGAGUAUUUGAUAGUCACCUAUUUGUUGUAGACACAUAUAGGAUGUUUGUGUGAAACAAAGUCCUUAAAGGUUUCCAAAAUAAUGUAAAAAUAAUUAACAUGAUCAUCUGUAAGACCUGUUAUUUUGUUGUUUCUUGAAAGUAAAGCUAACACAUCUUUAACAUUUGUAUAUCCUGUGUAUCCUAUGACACAAAUAUGUUCCAUUACAUGAGAAGUUGCUAAAUGAUCUACAUUCGGCUCUACAUCUUAUAGCAGUCUUUGUGGACUUAUCUUUCUUUCUCAGAUCAUCCUAACCUCUAUUUGUUAGAUUCAUUUUUUAUUCUAGAUUUUAGUCAGUUACAGCUGCAUUGGCCAAUUUCAAGGAGCUGAAUCAUUGGACUCUUUAAUUGGUUCCAGCUUAUCACCCCCUUCAUAAAAAGAUGGGACUCAACUCUACACCCAUGCUCAGCAAAAAGUAGUUUCAAAAGAUGAGAUCAUUGCCCCUGCUCCCAGAGGACUUUGGAUCUCAUUGGUUUGGAGAGAAAUUAGAAUUGAUUAGUGAAUGGACCCUAAAUUAUCCAGUGUCUGGAUGGGUCUCCUGUUACAAUGAAUUUGGGACUUAGGAUGGCACAAAUUUUCACAGCUCAGAUAUAGGAUUCCAUGAUGCUUUCUAGGCCCUUGGUAAUAUACUGUAGAGCACAUUUUAAAAUAUUCAGUUUCCAACUACAGAUAUUGUUUUAAGGAAUUGCACUAGAAUCCAACUCAUGAUUUGAAUAUGUUAUACAUCCAAUUGUAUAUAAGUUGGAUAGGUAAUUAACAUACAUAUUACAUAUAUAUGUAUGGAUCCAUAUGUGUAUUA